AUAAUGUCUACGCAUGUGCUAAACCCUGUAAACUCUCUUGGAACGCGAAACACAACGAGCAGUCCCAGUCUCCAUAACCUUACUAUCGGGGCCUAUUUUCCCGUUAGCGGUUCAUGUUGGACGGGAGGAAUGGCAACUAACAUUGCGGUAGAUAUGGCAGUGGAACAGAUUAAUAGGAGAGCAGACGUUUUAGUUGGAUAUCGAUUGAAUGUGGAUGCAAUGGAUACUAAGUGCGAGCCUGGCGUUGCUUUACGAGGUUUAUAUGAACAUGUGCACACAAAACCAGCCAAGCUUAUGCUCCUGGGAGCGGCUCUCUCAUUUAUCACUCAACCCAUUGCCGACGCAGCCAAAUACUGGAACCUUGUUCAAGUAUCGUACGGAUCCACCUCUCCGUCUCUUAGGAACCGUACGCUAUACCCAAGGUUCUUUCGUACGAUUUCUUCAGACCUCGCCUUCAAUCGUGCCCGAGUGGCUGUCAUCAAGGCAAUGGGCUGGAGUCGAGUGGCCACUCUGCACCAAAAUGAGGCUUCAGGAAUCUUCUCCGACUCAAUCCAAGAUCUUCUCAAGGAAUUUACUAAGAGCAACAUGUCGGUUAUAACAUCGGAAGGUUUUAGUGGGAAUCCUGCGAAUCAGUUGGCCAGUAUCAAGGACAAGGACGCUCGUAUCAUCAUUGGAAAUUUUUACGAAGAAGGCGCAAGACAAGUCUUUUGUGAGGCGUAUAAACAGGGUUUAUAUGGAGAACGCUAUGUUUGGAUCAUCAUUGGUUGGUACCCUGAGCAAUGGUGGCAGAGGCGCCUGAAGGAAGAGGGUAUUGCUUGCAUAGUAGAUGAGAUGAAACAAGCUGUAAAUGGAUACUUAUCUACUGACUAUGUCAAGUUGAACGAGGAUGACACUACAGCAGGAAAGGCUACUGUCUCAGGAUGGCUGGUAGCUGAUUAUUCCAAAGAGUUUACAAAACGGACUAGAAUGGACGCUAGAUUAGAAUCUUCAUUCGCUUAUGACGCGAUGUGGGCGAUUGCUUUGGCACUCAACUCCACUGCGCACUCCCUCUCCAACGCACAAGGUGUGGCAAAGAAACUCGAAGAUUUCACGUACCAAGACAGCACUCUCGCUGAUGCCUUCACUAAAGCAAUGCAGGAAACAAGUUUUCUUGGAGUUACGGGUCCUGUUUCCUUCAAUAAAAAUGGCGAACGUGUUGGACUUAUACACAUACAGCAAUUACAAGCUUUUAAGGUCGUAGUUGUUGGAACUUUCAACAGUCUGACGAACAAGAUAGAAAAAAAUAAACAUUCAUCUAUUAAAUGGCAGGGUAAAGGUACGCCAAAGGAUAGAACAAUACAAGAAAAAGAGAUGAAAACAAUAGCAGUGGGACUUGUGGCAUUUCUCUGUGUACUCGCUGCUAUUGGCAUCAUCAUGGCUCUGCUCUUCCUCGCUGUCAAUAUAUUUUACCGACAAAAAAGGCUGAUCAAGAUGUCAAGUCCAAGACUCAAUAAUCUAAUCAUAUGUGGUUGUGUAAUGGCGUAUUUUUCUGUUUUCUUGUUUGGCCUGGAUGGACGACUGGUUGAUCCAUCUUCCGUUGGGGGAUUGUGUUCGGCUCAAGCCUGGAUUUUGUCCAUUGGCUUCACCAUGGCUUUCGGCGCCAUGUUUGCCAAGACUUGGCGAGUUCAUGCGAUAUUCAAGAGCAUCACUCCUCGCAAAAAGGUCAUUAAAGAUGAGCAUCUCUUCCUGAUAGUAGCGGUAUUUGUGCUGGUAGAUGUCUGUUUGCUCACCCUAUGGACAGCAAUUAAUCCAAUGAAGGGAAAGCUUCGAAUAUUCAAUGAUCAGAUUUACCUUAAAGAUGACAAAAAGUUCAUCCCUCAGAUGGAGAGCUGUUCAUCGGAUAACAUGGUUUACUGGCUGGGUGUUUUAUACUCAUAUAAAGUGCUGCUACUUCUUUUCGGGUCAUUUCUGGCUUGGGAAACACGUAAUGUUACUAUACCAGCAUUGAAUGACUCCAAAUUCAUUGGCAUCAGUAUUUACAAUGUACUGGUCUUAUCAUCCGUUGGUGUUGGAAUCACUAUGAUCAUUGAUGGCAAUCCUGAUGCACGAUUCAUGAUAACUGGGCUAUUUAUUAUCUUUUGCACCUCAAUAACACUAUGCCUCGUCUUCGUUCCAAAGAUAAUAAAGUUACUCGGUGGAGCAGAAACAGCUGAACAAGAGACCAAUCGUAACAUCUCCAGUCCUAUCACUGAUACUGCCUCUAGCACAGGUGCUGGAAUUACACAGGAAAACUCUGUUCUGAAGAAGAUCUUAACAGAGAAAGAACGACACUUGAUGGAACUCAAGAGACUCCUGGAAGGCGUCAGCCCGAUGGCAAAGCUACACAUCGAUCCUACUGCCAAGGAGAGUCGGUCAGCUCCCACAAGACGACGAAGAUCCAACCACGGCGGACGAGAUGUGAAUGACAAUUCUUCAGAAUCCCACGUUAAUUUUGCUUUUAAGAAAGACAAUGGUCCUAGCAUUGUUUGUAAGUCUGACUUAUCUAUCCCAGCGACUGUAGCAAAGAGUAAGGAAAAUGGCGACGAUUCAGCAUAAAAAUAUCAAUCAGGUUA